AAGAAAACGAGAGACAGAAAGAAGGAGAAAAAAGCGAGAAAGGAAAUAGAGAGAGAAAGAAACCAGAGGAAGAAAGAGAAAGAAGGAAAGAAUGCGAGAGCGAGAAAAGAAAGAGAGAGAAAAAGAAACGAGAGGAAGAAAGAGAUAAAUGAAAGAGUGAGAGAGAGGAAGAAGGAUAAAACGGAAACGAUGGGAAGAAAAGAAGAAGAAAAAAAG